AUGUACAGUAAGUUGACUAAAAUUCAAUCCGGUUCAUUUUCCACUGUUUAUAAAGCUUGGUCAUCAACCCUCGAACAAUAUGUGGCUUUGAAAGUCAUACCGAAGAAGAAAUAUUCUUCUGAAGGCAUGGACAAUGAAUACAAAAUUAUGAAAUUGCUGGGUCGUAAUCAUCCCAAUAUUUGCUCCAUGUUAGAUUUUUAUGAAGACGAUUCAUAUUAUGUCGUGGUUUUAGAAUAUUGUGAAUGUGGCGAUCUCUAUGAUUUCUUAGAUAUUGCUAAGAAACAAGGUGAUCCAUACUCUCCAGCACUAAUUCAAUUAGAUUUUAGAAAUUUGAUUAAUCAGCUGUUUUCUGCUAUAAACUAUGCUCAUUCUUUAGGUAUUGCCCACAGAGAUAUUAAACCUGAAAAUAUCCUAUUGACUAAAGACGGUAAUAUUAAAUUAGCUGAUUGGGGUCAUGCUACUACAGAUGCUAAAUCAAAAGAAUAUCAUAUCGGUACAGAUAACUACCGUGGCCCAGAAACUUUCAACGGAACAGAAAGUUAUGAUACAAUCAAGUCAGAUUAUUGGUCAAUAGGUGUCACUAUGCUAUAUUUAAUCUUUGGCCAAUGUCCAUUCAAGUGUGCUGCUUUUUCAAAUGGUGAUGUCAGUGAAACUGAAAUCUUAGGUGGUAACGAUAGAGUAUAUCCAAGAUGCAAUAAUUUCACAAACUUUUUAGAAAAUCCACAUGGAUUCGUAUUCACAUCCUACUUGGCUCCAAGUAUCAGCAUUAUCGAAAAUAAUGACUACAAAUGGUCUGGGAACGGCAAACCUGCAUUAUAUGUAUGGCAAGAUCUAGUCGACAUCUAUGAUGUAUCACAAUUAUGCAGGAUCAUAGUGGAUACGCUGAUGCCCAUUGAUCCCGAAGAUAGGUCAAUGGUACACGCAUUCGAUUUGUUUGCUAGCGUUUGGUCAAAGAGCAACCAAGAACAAAAUGUUACAAAACAAUACGAGAAUAAUUAUACUCAUCUAAGCUUGAAAAAUGAAAGUGCUGGCACUAAAGAUUAUCCACCUGCUGUAUGCGGGCUUGAACAACAUGAAAAUGCUAGCCCGUUAACUGGUUCCACACCUAUAGAAAAACAGUACAAUUUACUGGAAAGCAGAAUAGCUUAUUCAUAG